AUGUAUAAAUAUAUUAUAUUAUCAACGUUCUUCUAUGUUAAUACUGCUUUUACUCCUAUAUGGAUAGGAAAGCCAUGUGAGUUUGUUUCUCAUGUUAAGCUUCUCUUCUUUGCUUUGUCUUCUGAUACUUUUGUCUACGGUGUUUCAGUUCGAGAAUCAUCCCUUCUGUCGUAUGAGGAGAGUGAAGAGAUCUCUAACAAAUGCGGAUUUUCAAGUAAAGCUAAUUCAUCUCAUUAUCCAUGGGCUGUUUCAUUACUGUUACAUGAUCAACAUCGAUUAGGUGGAACCAUUAUAUCACCUUAUCAUAUUCUUACUGUAGCUCAUGGAUUUAUGAAAUUUCAAAUGGGAUCUGGAUCAAGCUGUCUAGCUGCAGCUUAUCGUUCAAUCGAUGACUUACAUCAACGAGUAGUAGUUUAUGGAGGUCAGUGUAUUCGCGGAGAAAGUGACGAUCAUCCCAAUCAUCCAGAUUGCUAUAAAGCUGAUGUUUACAAAAACAAAAUUCGAAGUGUACUGCUGAAUGGAGAUUUCGCGGCUCAACAAUGUCAAAAUGGUAACGAUAUCGCAAUUAUAGAAUUGGAGCACAGUAUUAAAUUUAAUGAACGAGUUUCUCCUAUAUGUCUUCCCUCUGUUCGUCCUACUAUUCAGAAGACUCUGAUGGUCUCCGGCUGGGGAAGGAGCGACAUUUUUAAAGAAAGCGGUCCCAAGAUUCAUGAAGUACCAAUGAUGGUUGAUAAGUUUUGUCGAAGACCAUGGAGCGAUAAGUUGCCACAUGAAGCAGCUGAUCUGUUAUGUGCUACUUCCAUGAACCCAACGGACUACAAUACUCCCAGAAUCUGUCAUGGAGAUAGUGGAUCAGGAAUGGAACAACGAGAUCCUAAAGGAAGAGCUACACUCAUAGCAAUGACGUCAUUUGGAACAACUGGAUGUCCAGCAAAUAUGUUAGGAAGAUUCACACGAGUGGAUCAUUACUUGAAGCCGAUCUGUAACUACACGGGAUUAUGCUAUUCAUCGUUGGAAGCAACAACUUUAUGA